UGAAAAGGUACUGGAAACUGAGGACCCUAUCUGGAUCAAAGCAGUUUCUGAUGGAGCCCUCGCCUCUUGAGCUACCAGUUGAUGCAGUGCGGCGCAUCGCGACUGAACUCAAUUGUGACCCAACCGAUGAGAGGGUGGCUCUCCGCUUGGAUGAGGAAGAUAAACUGAAGCGUUUUAAGGACUGUUUUUAUAUCCCCAAAAUGCGGGACCUGCCUUCAAUUGAUCUAUCUUUAGUGAAUGAGGAUGAUAAUGCCAUCUAUUUCCUGGGAAAUUCCCUUGGUCUUCAACCGAAGAUGGUUAAAACAUACCUGGAGGAAGAGCUAGAUAAGUGGGCCAAAAUAGGAGCCUAUGGCCAUGAGGUAGGGAAACGUCCUUGGAUUAUAGGAGAUGAGAGCAUUGUAAGCCUUAUGAAGGACAUUGUAGGAGCCCAUGAGAAAGAAAUAGCUCUAAUGAAUGCUUUGACUGUUAAUUUACAUCUCCUGCUGUUAUCAUUCUUUAAGCCUACACCAAAGCGGCACAAAAUUCUUCUAGAAGCCAAAGCCUUCCCUUCUGAUCAUUAUGCGAUCGAGUCACAGAUUCAACUUCAUGGACUUGAUGUUGAGAAAAGUAUGCGGAUGAUAAAGCCACGAGAGGGGGAAGAGACCUUAAGAAUGGAGGACAUACUGGAAGUAAUUGAGAAGGAAGGAGACUCAAUUGCUGUGGUCCUGUUCAGUGGCCUGCACUUUUAUACUGGACAGCUGUUCAACAUUCCUGCCAUUACACAAGCCGGACAUGCAAAGGGCUGUUUUGUUGGCUUUGACCUAGCGCAUGCGGUUGGAAAUGUUGAACUCCACUUACAUGACUGGGAUGUUGACUUUGCCUGCUGGUGCUCCUACAAGUAUUUAAAUUCAGGAGCUGGAGGUCUGGCUGGUGCCUUCAUCCAUGAGAAACACGCUCACACGAUCAAGCCAGCGUUAGUGGGAUGGUUCGGCCAUGAACUCAGUACAAGAUUUAACAUGGAUAACAAACUACAAUUAAUCCCCGGGGUCAAUGGAUUCCGAAUUUCCAACCCUCCCAUUCUGUUGGUCUGCUCCUUGCAUGCCAGUUUAGAGAUCUUUCAGCAAGCAACUAUGACUGCGCUGAGGAGAAAAUCCAUUCUGCUGACAGGUUAUCUGGAAUACUUGCUCAAACAUUACCAUGGCGGAAAUGACACAGAAAACAAGAGGCCAGUUGUGAACAUAAUCACCCCAUCCAGAGCAGAGGAACGAGGCUGCCAGCUGACACUGACCUUUUCCAUUUCCAAGAAAGGCGUUUUUAAGGAACUAGAAAAAAGAGGAGUCGUCUGUGACAAGCGAGAACCAGAAGGCAUCCGGGUGGCCCCGGUUCCUCUCUAUAAUUCUUUCCAUGAUGUUUAUAAGUUCAUCAGACUGCUUACUGCCAUACUCGACUCUACAGAAAGAAACUAGCCAUGCUUUCUAAAUAACUCAAGUAAAUCUCACACACUGGGGCUUCCACUUCUACUGCAUUUUAGUCAUUCAAAAGUCUCCAGAAAUUGAUGGCAUAGAAAUGAUGAUGAUUUUAUAAACUUACAUAAAACCUGGUACAUGUUUUAAUAUCUGUGUCGCUGAUGUGCUGUGGACUAAGAAGUCACAUUUUACAUGACUCCAACCUACAGAUGACUGUCUUGAUCAGCUGUCACCUUCCAUGGUCACUGAAAGGUUGUGUGUUUAAUUUGUGACUGAAAUGACAACAUUAAAAUGUAUCUGGACUUCUUGUAUAAA